AAUGAACAAAAGGAUAUAAAGUUGACGGAUGAUGAGAGGAAUGAAUUGAGGGAAUUAAGUCCUCUGAAGGAUCAUUUACAUAGGUUUCAAUAUAGAUAUGAUUAUAUGUUGCGUCUGUUGGUUUGGAAUCCAAAGGGUGAGACAGCUAGACACUAUGCAAAGUAUAGACAACUGCUCAUUGGUGACCUGGUGCGCAGACAUCAUGUCGACUUGAUAAUGUUGCAAGAGAUCAGUUCCAAAGUGCCCUCUGACUAUGUCAAACAGUUCCCAUCGUCCAGACUGGCCACCUACAGUAUCGAGUACUCUGGUCGCAGCAAUAUGGAGGUGGCCAUCAUCUACAACAAACAACGUCUACGUAUAACAACCGUCUAUGACAGUCAUGAACUGGUCAAUGAUCUACACAAAGCUGAUGUCUUUGUCAACAAAAGUCUGUUUGCCACGCGUGGACCAUCCCGUUUACAAAUCGUACGAUUCCAAGUGCUCAAUGACCACUGGCAGGAGUUCAUUGCUAUCAAUCUCCAUUCGAUAUAUAAUGGAUGCAAGGAUGAAGGUAAACAGCACUUUCUACUGGACUUCUUCUUGCUUGCCAACUACAUGCAGACCACCUACAAACUGCCAGUGUUAAUUGGCGGUGACUUUAACUAUGACAUUGCCUGCAAUGUGGGAGCCUACUUUGAAACUCUGGACGAUAUCUGUUUCGAAAGAUACAACUUCUCAUUGUCAAUCGCAGUGACACAGAGAUUGGACGAGGACUAUGAUAUCAAGACACCACUAUCCAAUCAAAUCGAUUAUAUUGUACUAUUACAAAAUAAGGAUACACCUUAUAAGAUACAAUGUAAUCAUUCACAACGAAUUCCAAUACGCCAUGAGGACUAUUUCAACAACGAUCGUCAAUCACCAGUACACAAAUUUGGCCUGGAUAAUAAGCUUGAGCCACUAAAGGUAUCAACUCACGAUCCAAUAUUCACAUACCUAAUGAUCACUGAUCAUCAACAUAUACAACAUUCACAUUCAAAUAAUAAUAACUCCAACAACAAGAAUGAUCUUACCAGUCAGCUCAAUCAACUUUCACUUCACGACGAGAAUUCAACAAUUAUUACUUUGGAAGGAUCGGCUAGU